AGUGUCGGCGGUUGGUUCCUAAUCGUCGACCGAUUGAUCCCGCGCGCGUCAUGCCACUUUUGCCAAGACCUAAAAGGGAGCGGAGAGAAAAAUAUUUGUUCAGCGUCCGUAAUCUUGGGCCCUCGUCGCCGACAAGAUUUUCUAAUUGAGACUAUGCGGCGUUAUCAGGUGAGGCAGACACGGACUGUAUAGUUCGGAAUAAAGAGAGCAUCCAAUCGGCAGCUGGCAUCAGUAGUGAGCUUAACAUUCGAAGAACGUGGACGUUUGACCGUACCGUGGCGCGAUCGCAGACGGUUGUUGUAGAAACAAGUUUUAUUGUCAAGUGAAAUUCGUACGGAAAUAGGCGUGUUGAUUGGAUAUUCAGUGUAGUGUUUUUGGAAAACUCGGAAGAUGAAUCGUGCACUGUUCGGCAGCUUGGUGGCUAUUUCUGCCACCGAAAGCUCACACCACUCGGUGGCCAGUGUGGUGGCGGCAGCCGGCGCUGUUGGAUCGGCAGGAAACGGUCCCCUAGAAGUGGCCUCUCGGCGGAACAGUCUCCCUGCGCCACCAAUUUUCAAAUCCAUCCGCAACAGUAAGCACACAAACGGAACCCCCCAUCAGCCUGCGGCGAACAAAAUGACCAACGACCGAUGCGCAACACUGGACGUGGUCAAACGGCCGAGCGAAGCACGCGAAAUGCUCAAGAGGGCACAAAUCGUGUGUUUUGAUGUGGACUCCACUAUCAUCACCGAGGAGGGUAUCGAUGAGUUGGCGCAAUUCUGCGGAAAGGGGGAGGAAGUAGCAGCCUUAACCAAAGAAGCUAUGGGAGGCAGUAUGACCUUCCAGGAAGCGUUGAAACGACGAUUGGAUAUCAUUAAACCGUCCCAGCGACAGAUUCGUGAGUUCCUCAAGACUCACCCGAGUACGGUUUCCGGUGGUGUUCGAGAACUUAUUGACCAACUGCGACAGAACGGCGCCGAAAUCUAUCUCGUUAGCGGGGGAUUCGAUUGUUUGAUUGAACCGGUGGCCGAUGCACUGGAGGUGCCGCCGUGUAAUCUCUUUGCCAACAAGCUGUAUUUCCACUUCAAUGGCAGUUACGCCGGUUUCGACACCACCCAAGCAACUUCAAAAUCUGGUGGCAAGGGAGAAGCAAUCAAAAUCAUCAAGAAUCGGUUCAACAGCGACAAGGUGGUGGCAAUGGUUGGCGAUGGAAUGACAGAUUUGGAAGCAUGUCCGCCUGCAGAUUUCUUCAUUGGAUAUGGAGGAAACGUUGUGCGGGAAGAAGUUAACAAGCGGGCUACGUAUUAUGUAACGAAUUUUGCUGAUUUACUUUGGUGAUCAUAGUCUUAUUAUCGUGUCUUAGCUUGUAAAUUUAGUUUUAAGGAAAUAAAUGUUGUGUGCAGUGCGCUCAAUCUA